AUGUCUGCAACUUCACCAUCUCACGUCGCCAUCAUCGGCGCUGGAAUCAGCGGCGUCGUCACAGCAGCACAUCUGAAGAAAGCCGGCAUUAAUGUGACUGUUUUCGAGCGGACCGGUAAGCCAGGAGGCGUCUGGGUCUACGAUGAGCGUCAACCUCUGGAGCCGGACUAUCCAUCCGUGACGGCUUCAGCUGCCUUGGACAUUCCAAAGGCACGAUGGCGGUCAACACAGCAGAACCAUGACAACAGCCAAGUCCAAGAUCUCGGAUUAGCACCACCAGGGCCGUGUUACCGGGACUUGACGACAAAUGUCCACAGGGAUAUGAUGCAGACUACUCUGCUCCCGUUCCCUCCUGGCACCACUGACUACAGCAACCACUCUGUUAUGGCUGCCUACAUCAGCGAAAUCGUCAAAGUGACAGGGAUUGAAGAUUCCAUCAGGUAUCGCACUCUCGUAGAGAAUGCAAGCAAAGAAGGAGGCAAAUGGAAAGUAACAGCACGAGACCUGACGAAGAAUGACGAGAAGGGAGAGACGCUCGAUUUUGACGCACUAGUGGUAGCCAACGGCCACUACCAUGCACCUAGAGUACCUGAUAUUCCAGGGCUCGUUGAGUGGAAAGCACGCUAUCCCACCCGGGUUCAGCACUCAAAGUCCUACCGGGUUCCUGAGGCGUACAAGGGGAAGAAUGUGCUCCUGAUCGGAUCAGGAACAUCGUCGACAGACAUUGCGAAGGAAAUCUCGCCAUAUGCCAAGAGCAUCUGGCAAACCUCAAGGGGAGGGGACUUCGACUUCCCAGCGACAGUGCUGCCAGAGAACGCCAAACGGAUCGGUAAUAUCGCAUCGUUUGACCUUCCCGCAGCUGAUGGCGACGUCCUUUCGGGUUCGGAAACGGGGUCGGAUGCAGGAAGCUCGUCGGGGUCAGAACUAUCCGAGCCCAGCGGGGCGAUUCCAGGAACCAUCACGUUGCAGUCCGGGCAUAAGCUGUGCGACAUCGACCACGUGAUUGUUGCAACCGGAUACCACGUCACGCUUCCUUUCCUGCGGUCUCAUCAUCGAGACGAUCUUCGACCAGAGGAGGCGGACGACAAGGUCAUUGUCACGGAUGGAUCGCAGUACCACAACCUGCACAAGGACAUCUGGUACAUCCCCGAUCCGAGCCUGAUUUUCAUAGGCGUGCCGUACUUCACUGCAACAUACUCGCUGUUUGAGUUCCAGGCAAAGUUUGUUGCCGCAGUACUCUCCGGUGGGGCUGCGCUGCCAAGCGAAGAGCAGAUGAGAAAGGAGUACGAGGCGAGAGUGAAGGCCAAAGGCUUUGGGAAGAAGUUCAACUCGCUCAAGUUUGUCGAGAUUGAUUACGUGAAUGAGAUCCUCGGCUGGAUCAACAAGGACUUGGAGGGACGUGGCAGAGAGCCUAUUCCGCCGCAUAGUCCAGAGUUUGUAGCUGCAAAGGAAGGCGCAUACGAGAGGAUCAAGAGCCUGCUGGGUGGAGGUAGAGGGUCGCAGCCGGCGCCUCAGGUGUCGGACGAAUGGUUCCCAGCAUGUUAG